AUGGCUACUACCAAUCAUUCGGCGCAAUUCCAGGAGCCUCCUGUCAAUGGGCUUCCAGGAGCUACAAGCACAACCCCCUCCCACGUUGAUGUUGAUGGUCCUUCCCGUGACGACAUCGAUCUUCAAUUCCAAGAACCAAUCGCUCGAGAAGCCUCUACCUCUACAUCUACUUCUGUUUCUCCCAAUGACGAUGACACUUCGCUCCAGAAGACCACAUCUGAGAAACUCAAGGAUGCAGUGAAGAAGCCAUUCAGCAGUUCAGCCGAAAGCCCCAACUCGCAUACGCUAGGCAACAAAGAUAUCACCAGCCCGGAGAUGGCAGCUGCGAAUGAGGUCCUUGCAGCCAAGGAUCUCAAAUCGCCGUAA